CUUCUGCCGUACGGCGACCAAUCAGAUGAAGGCAGUGAAUUUAAAAAGGAGCCGCGACCCCACGGAAACAAAUUUCAGACCAUAACAACUUUCUGGACUGACAGCAGGAGAACAACCAGCAGCGUUUAUCACAGCUGACCGAGGCAACAUUAGCGAUACAAUGGCCAACAUAAUCUUUGCAGAGCGAGAAAACGCACGCCUUCAUCCACCCACUCUGAAGAUGCGACAGCGCCUUCAGUCUGCUCCAGAGAAACUAUUGAAAUCUCCCAUGAUUGCCAAAUCUUUUAACACUCCUCUGCCAUCUGGUCGUAAGGCUUUUGGUACCGUCAACAAACAAAUCGCAACCCCAGAUGUUGGUGCACAAGAGAAGAAACUCCUGAAGCCACAGGAAACCAAAGUCAAGCUUGCUACUCAGACCAAAGUGGAGGAAUAUCCAGACAUUGAGAAGCUCAUCCCUUAUGACCCACUAGAGUUUGAGAAAUACAGUGUUCCUGAAGAUCUGAUUCCUCUCAGUGGCUUUGCUCUGCCUGGACUGGCCUCUUUCCCACAAGUUCCACAUCUUUUUAAAGAUGACCUGGAAACACUGGACCCUCUCCCAAAUCUGUCACCUGUAAAGAUGCCAAAGCAUACAGAUUAUUGCUCAGAGCUGGAUGCCUUUCUUCAAACCAUUGAUGAACUGACCAUUGAACUUCCCCCAGAGUCUGUUACUGACUUUUAAUGUUUUUUUUUUAAUAUUUUUUUUAUCACUGUUUUUACUGAAAUAAAGUUUUUAUCUGUUACUGCUGUUA